AUGGACACGGUGCACCGGCUACCGAAUGGUGACGGGACUCCUCCACGCGCUUCAAAUCGUGUUUUGAAACAAAUGCAUCUAAUUACAAUAUUUAGGAUACAGACCCAUGUUGUCGAUGGAAGAGUAAAUUGGGUCCAAAGCCCUAUCCUGGAGUUUGUAAAAACGGUUAAAAAAUCUAAUGCGGGCGAUAAGGGUGUACGGUGCGUGAGUCUCGGUGACCCACCACCACCGGCGGCGGCGGCGGCACAGCGCUGUGGCGAUGCGAGUGUGGUCACGCGCACUGACAGCAUGAAGCAUGCGCGUUAUUUGCAUGAGGUGCCCCGCCGCGCGGCGCAGGUUGCCCUCACUGAGCUCGUACUAUUACGCGGUAUUGUUGUUAAUGAGCGGUUCGCCUACGGCUCGCCUCGCCUCCCGCGGGGGCUCCGACGUGGCUAA